CGUGGACGCUGAAAUGCUUUGGGCGGGCGGUUCCCAAGCCAGUCCACUUGUUGACACGGACCAGGAUAGUUCACUAGUGUUUUAAGUUCAAAGUCUCCACCAGCAACCAACAUGCCUGCCAGAAACAAGGAACAGGAGGAUGAAGUUUUGACCUGGAUCACCGCGGUCCUGGGAGAGCCUUUACCCAAGGGUGCCUACGAAGACGUUCUGAAGGAUGGCAUUGUUUUGUGCAAACUUAUCAAUAAACUUGCCCCUGGAUCAGUAAAGAAGAUUCAGGAGAAAGGAACCAACUUCCAGCUCAUGGAAAACAUUCAAAGGUUCCAAGCAGCUAUUAAAAAGUACGGAGUUCCGGAGGAAGAAAUUUUCCAGACUGCCGAUCUUUUUGAGAGGCGUAACAUUCCUCAAGUCACUCUGUGCUUGUACGCUUUGGGAAGAAUUACUCAAAAACAUCCGGAAUGGACUGGCCCACAAUUAGGGCCCAAGAUGGCGGAUAAAAAUGAAAGGACCUUCACAGAGGAACAGCUUAGGGCACAUAACGCUGAACUUAACCUUCAAAUGGGCUACAACAAAGGGGCUUCUCAGUCCGGACUCGGUAGCUUCGGUAACACCCGUCAUAUGUAAUUUAUAAUUUACGUUAUUAAUUACAUGUCAACACCAUGCCAAAACCUACAGGGUGUUAAAAAUCAACAUCGAUUAAUACAGAAUAUCAGUAUUUUUAAGUUUAGCAAAUUCAUUAGUAUCUCUAUUUUUAUAUCAGGGUUAAGUUUUUUCAAUUUAAAAUGUAGUUUUUAUGUUGCUUGACGAAUGUUUGUUAUUAACUUUAUUUUAUUUGAUUUGCUUUCUUAUGAAUCUGGGUUUAAACGCGAAGUUAAACAUUAGAUUAUAUUUUUGUGAAAGAAUUACAAAUUAUAUUUAGCUAAGACAUUUUUACCUGACUAAUAUAAUUUUGUACAUAAUAUUUUAUAUUUAAUAAAAAAUCUUUUUUUUCUUA